AUGAUCUUCAUCGAGCUUAUCAAGCAAAUCUCACGGCUUCCCAGUCCGUCCGUAUCGGUCCUCGGGUCACCCUGGUGGUGGCUACAUCACCAUCGUUGGCGAUGCGACCGACUCGGAACGGAUAAGAGGCGCAACGGUGUAUUGGUACAGCCCUCGGAUGGUCUGGAGGACUUUAUGGAGUUGCUACGGCCUCAGGCUGAGGCUGAGGCCCUCAGCGCCAAGUGGAGGUACAGCUGUAUCAGCCUAAAGGCAUCCAAGGACAGGUUGCAAAAGGGUGUUAAGCUGAUACAGGAUAAAGGAAUGAAGGUCGUUGUGGAUAGCGAGUACGAGUUUGACGAUGUCGAGAAGGCGUUCGAGAAGUUGAGGACCAGGAGGGCGAGGGGCCACUGCAAAUUGUGA